UGCAUUGGAAAUUAGCAAAUGGGUUUUUGAGAACUCAAUCAUUGAUUUCAAUCAAUCAACGAAAUCGGGCUCCCGGAUUUGGAACAGCUUCCUCUCUCACAAAUCAAUGGGUUUUCACACCGAGAGAGAGAGAGAGAGAGAGAACGAGAGAGAGAUGAGCAACGAGCAUGUUCUAGUCCUACCAUUUCCAGCACAGGGCCAUGUGAACCCGUUAAUGAAUUUCUCUCGAGAAAUAGCAAAACAUGGCUCUAAAAUCACAUUUGUAAGCACAGACUUCUGCCACACGCAAAUGAUGACUGCAAUGGCGCCUGGGAAGGAUAGCCUCCCGGGUUCAGAGAUUAAAUUGGUGUCUAUCUCUGAUGGGUUGUGUCCUGAGGAUGAUAGGAACGAUUUCAGAAAGUUGUUGGUAUCUAUCUUAGCUACCAUGCCUACAAGGCUUGAGGAGCUCAUACGAGGUAUUAAUGCAUCAAACGGUGAUGGCAAAAUCUCUUGUAUCAUCGCCGACGGGAACAUGGGGUGGGCCAUGGAAGUUGCCAACAAGAUGGGCAUUCGAGGAGCUAUCCUUUGGCCUGCGUCAGCAGCUUCUUUUGCUUUGGUAACCCGCAUCCCCAACCUGAUUGAUGAUGGUUUUAUAGACAUGAGUAAUGGGACCCCAAUGCAAAGACAUGCAAUUCAACUGCACUCAGGCAUACCCGCUGUGUACCCACAAAAUCUUCCAUGGAAUUGUUCCGCUGAUCAAUCAACUCAAAAGAGUGUAUUUGAUUAUGUCUCAAAGUACGCACAAGCUUGGAAAUUGGCAGAUUGGUGGCUUUGUAACACAGCUUACGAACUCGAGCCGGCAGCCUUUUCCUUGCUUCCAAAGCUCCUCCCAGUUGGCCCAAUAAUGGCAAGUGACCAAACUCGAAAUGUACGGGGGCAAUUCUUACCAGAAGACACCUCUUGCCUAAACUGGCUAGAUCAGCAGCCACACUGCUCAGUUAUAUAUGUUGCCUUCGGCAGCUUCGCAGUUUUGGACCCAAUCCAAUUCCAAGAACUAGCCUUUGGACUUGAGCUCACCAACAGACCUUUCCUCUGGGUAGUGCGACCAGAUAGCUGUAAUAUUCUUAAUGAUGCAAAUUUAAACAAAUUUGAAAGCACUCGUGGGAAAAUCAUAAGAUGGGCACCCCAACCGAAGGUUUUAAGCCACCCUGCCAUUGCUUGUUUUAUCAGCCACUGCGGUUGGAAUUCUACGUUGGAUGGUAUUACCAGUGGUGUUCCUUUCUUGUGCUGGCCUUACUUUGCUGACCAAGUCCUUGACAUGAAGUACAUUUGUGAUGUGUGGAAGGUUGGCCUAGGGCUUGAAUCAGAUCAAGAUGGAAGGAUAUUGCGGGGAGAAUUUAGAAAGAAGGUAGAGGAAUUAGUUAGUGAUGAAAGUAUAAGAGCAAGAUCUUUAGAGCUAAAGGAAAUGGUGAGGAGUGUUAUGGAAGAAGGUGGAAACUCCUGUAGGAACUUCAACAACUUCAUCAACUGGCUGAAAAAGGGGUAAAGAUGAUCCAAUCUGUUAUGAUUUUUAGAUGUUCGAACUCCCCCACCUAAGAAUAAAUUUCUAAAGGGGAAGCUCAAUUAAUAAAAAGAAAAUGUUUUUAGAUGAUGAUCAAUUUAUUCCUCACCAGAUAUGUAUGUAUAUUGUCAAAUUGUUCCAAAUAAACAGAAAAUAUUUUGAGUU